AUGUCUUCCUCCAAAGCCACAGACAUUCCCGAAAAGGUUCCAGACCUCCCCCCAUCAUUCCAAGAAACAAUGGCCUCAUCACCCCCCAUUUUCAAAACCCAAUUCGCCUGCAUGACCUUCAACAUGCUCGACCGUAUCCGCCUCGUCAACUUCACAGAAGCAGAAGUAUCAGGCAUCAAAGAAGUCGUCGCGCAGCGGUGGUCCCCUGGUCUUUCACAUGUGCAACCCUACGGGGAGUCAAUGGAAUUCAGGCUUCGCGGAAGACCUUGGCUGCACAGAUCUGGUGGGAAUGAUGAUUCCAGGAGGUUAAUGCUGAGAAUUCUGGAGAAGUUAUUUGAUAUGGGUUGGGUGUUACAGGGCGCUAUGGAGAUUACUCUCAAGUCGGAGAGCAAAGAUUCCCUGAUCUUUCGAAAACAAGAUCCUAUCCCGCCGCCCUGCGACUGGAUCUGUGUAUCCUUUGACAACAGCGAUAAACUGAAGAUCGUAGACUCACCGCCCAAAGACCUCACAGACGCAAUACUUCAAACAUUUGGUCAUGAUGUGAGACGUAAAGAAAUCACACCUGAUAGGGUCAAGAUGCAUCUUGCAAACAUGCCGUGGAAUCCUUCAGGGACAGAUACUGUGAAGACGAGGAUUAUACUGCUCAAGCUAAUUGAGACGUUGGAGAGGUGUGGCUUCACGAUUUACGCCACGAUUGGAUCAAAGGGAGAGGAUGAAGGGGGGGCACAGGAUUUGUUGGUAUGUCAGAGGGUAAAGGGUUGGAUUCCUGGGGCGCCCAUAUGGCACCGGUAG